AUGGCUUCAUCUGGGAAGCCUGUGGUCCAAUUCGGAGAGGUGAAAGCCGGCGUGGUCCCCAUUGAGAACUCUACAAAUGGCUCAGUCGUGUUCACGCUGGAUAAUCUAGCCGACCGCAAUGGCCGGUACAAAGACAUCACUGUCGAUGGAGAAAUCUUCGUCGACGUUCAUCACUGCUUAGUUGGACACAAGAAUCCGUCGCCAUUGCUGGACCUAGACGACCACGGCGACGGAUCGGGGACAUGCACGCCUACUCUUUCAGAUCCUCGCCCUUCAAAGCCCAAGUCGAAGCCCUUUACAAACCUGAAGCACAUCAAGAGGCUUUAUUCUCACCCCCAGGCUUUCGGCCAGUGCAACGCUUUCAUCUCGUCAUAUCUCAAGGGCGUCGAGAUUUUCGAUGUCAGCUCGACCAGUAAAGCCGCUGAGAUUGUGAGCCAGGACACAACCGGCACUUGGGCCGCCAUCUCCAGCGAGCUCGCCGCCAACCUUAUGGAGGGCCUCGAUAUGCUGGCAAAAUCUAUUGAGGAUCGUGACGACAACACCACACGUUUCCUCAUCAUCGGAAAGAACACUCCGGUCCCUAAAGACUGGGGUCUGGUGAACCAGUCGGUGGGAAAGGCCAGCACCAGGACUUUGAUAUCGUUUACCGUGCCGCACACAUCCCCGGGUGCUCUCGCAGAAGUUUUGGGCGGCUUCAAGGCGUACGACCUGAAUCUGACGAGCAUCAACAGCAGGCCGAGCUUAUUGGCUCCCUUCCAGUACAUCUUCUUCAUCGAGUUCGAGGGUAAUAAAUACGACGACCCCGAUGGGAGAGUAAAAGGCGCGCUGGAUACCAUUGACCGGGCUGCAGAGAACUGGAGGCUGCUGGGGAGCUGGGAGCGAUAUAGGUAA